UCAUCAUAAACCAAAUCUGGCCACCCUAUGCAUGGAUGUCAAAGUCAAACAAUCAAGCAUCCAUCAGCCGCAGCGUUUGUUUCACAUUCCGCGGUUAAAAGAUUUUUGACCGCCCGAAGAUUUUCUGGCGCUAAUUAAAUAUAAUCCAGCUGCAUUUGUUGAAUCCAUUUGGAUCGAAAAUUCCAAAUAUGCCGAAGAACAAGAAGAAGGACGAUACUUCCGACUCCGAUUCCGGUCCGGAUGAUCGCACGCCGGUGAAGAAGUCCAAAACCGACUCUGCCAGCACAACCAACGAUAAGGGCGAAGAGGAGUGGACCCUGGAUCGUAACCGGAAAAUAACGGUGAGUGAGUUCAAGGGCAAGAUUUAUGUCAACGUGCGCGAAUACUACGAGAAGGAUGGUAAAACCCUGCCAAGCAAGAAGGGAAUCAGCCUCUCGGUUCCACAGUGGAAAAAGCUGCUGGAAUGCGCUGACGAAGUGAACGACAAAAUCAAGAAAUUGUGAGAAUCCGCGAUAGAGUCGUGGGAUGUUAUUCCGGACGGGGAAUUCAGUUGCUGUUUUCAUGAUUUAUUUUUUAGAGGAGCUAUUAGGUACAGGUCUACCAUUACUUAGUAAAUAAGUUUCAUUUUGCUUUGGGCAUCAGAAGUGGAUUAAAUCUGACGCUCGUUAAUGCGAAUCUAAAUCUUGUUUUGUUUUAAUGUAAUAAAAUCUUUCGAUUCGA